CCUCUUCCUCCCCGUGCCGCCAACACUCCCGCGCGCAGUCCCACACCCAUCCCUUGCACAACUCUACCCAUCACCACGAACACGCCGACUCACUCACCGCAGCUAUCAACGCACCGAGCCACACGGCUAUAGACACCCCCGGCUUGCAUCAGUCUCUUCGCGCCUCCGAUUAGCGCGAAAGAAGUUAAACAUAUCACACAUUACUUACGUACCUGGAUUUGAACGUCUCACGGGCAAGUGCUUCGGUUGGCAGACUUUGCGAAGCAGUACAAAGCAAGAGUCAUGCUGCCCGCCACCGCUCCAUCGCGUGGAACCAUCCGUCCGAGUACCACGUUUGAUGCAAAGACCGAUGCAGAGAGACUCAAGAAAGCGAUGCGAGGCCUGGGCACGGACGAGGAUGCGAUGAUCGACGUCCUGACACAGCGGAGCGCCGCUCAGCGACAGCAAAUCACCGUGGCGUUCCGCAGCCUCACGGGGAAGUCGCUGGUGUCGGAGGUGGAAUCUGAGGUGUCCGGAGACCUGGGAAGACUCCUCGUGUCUCUGCUGCUCACGCCGGCCAUGCUGGAUGCGCAGGACCUGCGGAACGCCAUGAAGGGCGCCGGUACCAAUGAGGAGACUCUAAUGGAGAUCCUCGGCACCCGGACCAACAAACAGCUGGGGGAGCUGGUGCUCGCAUACCGCGAGGAGUACAAGACUAGCCCUGACGAUGACAUUGGCUCUGAUACGACCGGCUACUUUGAAAAGACACUUCUGACCCUGCUGAGGGGCAGCCGUGAUGAAAGUGGAAAACCAGACCUCCAGCAGGCACAGAAGGAUGCAAAGGUGCUGUACGAGGCUGGAGAGAAGAAGGUCGGGACGAAUGAGGAUACGUUCAUCUCCGUGCUGUGUGGCCGCAGCGUCCCGCAGCUCAAGCUGGUGUGUGAGGAGUACCGCAAGGUGAGCUCCAAGGACCUGGAGGACGUCAUCAAGAGCGAGACUUCAGGGUCCUUCAGAGACCUACUGCUGGUCAUAGUGAAGUGUGCCAAGAACACCGCCACCUAUUUCGCUGAGCGACUGAACUCGGCAUGCAAGGGCUGCGGGACGCAAGACCGCACGCUCAUCCGCGUGCUGGUGUCCCGUAGCGAAAUUGACCUCCAGGACGUGAAGGUCCAGUACCUGGAAAAGUACGGAAAGCCCCUGAGCCAGGUCAUCAAGGAGGAGACGUCCGGGGACUACCUCAAGGCCCUGCUCAAGGUGUGCGGAGAUAAUGCGUGAGGGAGCCCGUGGGAACCCGUGAGUGGCAGGAGGAGGGACCCAGCGAACGUGGAACGUUGAGGCAACGUUGGGCCAGCCACGGUGCUGACGUUUAGGGCAGUGUCGGCAUGUUUACUGGCAAUUUGCAGCAUCACCAUCAUCUACACCAUCAUAAAAUGAAACACUCACGUGUUAUGCAUACAUUUUACGUAGAUAAAUUCAGGGGUGCGGGAAGCCACAAAAAAGUGCAAAGGUAGCCAGAACAAUCGCCCAAGCUUUGUGGUCCUAGAUUGUUGAUGUUUGGCUAACUCCAUCAGUCAUUAUCCCUGUGGGAAGAAACCGGAGCACCCAGACAUGCGAGUGGGUUGACGUGCUACGGAUGGAAUACAGAUGGAAAUUAAUCAACUUGGGUGUACUACCAUCAUAUCCUGGCGAGCCGGGAGAUAGCAACCUCAUCGGAUGACAGAGACGCGUAAGCCACUAUCAUAACCACUAUCAUCAUCAGUGUCAUAAUUACCAUCAUCACAACCACCAUUGUCAUCAUCGGUGUCACGAUCACCACCACAACCACCAUCGUCAUCACUGCCAUCAUCAUCAGUAUCAUCAUUACCAUCAUCACAACAGUGUCACUAUCAUCACCACCAACAUAAUCAGCCGCAUCAUCAGCAGAGGCCGCAUCAUCAGCAGGUUAAAUAAAGGAUGCCAAGUCAGAGGAGACACUGUCCAGACCAUGCCCACUCGCUUUUCUCAACAAUCGUAGAUGCUUUUCUUGAACCUGCGUCCGUGUCCUCCGCGCGCUCCUCCUCUCUGUCUCUUGUUGCGCCGCAUCUCUCCACGCUUUUGUGGCACUUUUCAGUUUUCCUUCCAAUCUCUUGUUGGGGUUUUUUGUUUGGUUGUUUGUUCCAUGACCCCAUUUAGAAUCCGUGUUUCACAGUAGCCCGUGUGCUAGAGUGGCAUACCCGUCAACCCCUCGUCAUUGCCCUAUCUUGUACCAGACCAAUUCAGACCUUACCCUUGUAAAUCUCAACGUUCGUCUUACGAAGUGCCAUCACAAGGGAGAAACACAAAUAGACAGAAAAAUGUGUCCGUAUUGAAAUGGCUGUACGCCGUAUGGACCUGAAAACUCAAUUUCCCUGUACAAGAACACGGGGUCAAACCGUAUGGGUUGACACGGUAUGGCAGUGAUGGUGGUGUUGGCAACUUGUGGAUUUACUAUUACGAGCGAGAUGAUUGUGAUUGAUUGAUGAUUCCGAUUGUUUACCCAAGGAUUAAAGCCUCGCAAAGUCUCAAGCCUUUUUAUUA